CUCGCGAAACGAGCUUCUCCGCAACCAGCCAUCGUCUCACGUCCAGGGAACCCCCGUCGUGUGGAUUGAGAGAGGGAACCAAGUCUACCGGAAUCGGAGUGCUUCAAGAAAAAAAUCGGAGAAAUGGGUGAGAGGGCGGCAGCUGCUUCGUUGAAGUUCGUGACGGUGCAGGCGAACUCGGCCAGCCUCGCCGAGGCGAGGGCUCGGGUGUUCGAAUUCUUCAAAACCACCUGCCGAUCCAUCCCUACCGUCAUGGAAAUCUACAAUCUCGAGGACGUCGUCAACGAGUCCCAGCUCCGUUCCGCCGUCUCCUCCGAGAUCCGCAGGCACGCUCACAUCACCAAUCCCAAGGUGAUUGACAUGCUGCUUCAGAAGGGUACAGAAGAGUUGCACAACAUUGUGCAGCACUCAAAGCAGCGUCACCAUAUCAUUGGGCAAUAUGUAGUGGGCCAGCGAGGACUUGUGCAGGAUUUAGGAAGCAAGGAUGAAGGGACGUCCGAUUUUCUCAAGAACUUCUACAAGAGCAACUACUUCUAGAUGCUCAGAAGGUAAAGGAGUGCUUAUGAUUGUCAGUCUUGCUUUCACCGGCUAUAUAUAUGGCUUCUCCAAGCGAAAUAAGGACCAUUGCCAUGGAAGAAUCAAUCAUCCUUUAACUUCGUUUUGAAUUCAUGUCAGUUAUUGCAAACGAGAUUUUUAGCUUGGGUUUAGCUAGUAGAACAGGGUAUUUGCCUAUUUGGCCCGAGUAUAUGUCAUUGAUGCCAGUGAAGAAGGCUCAGAUCCUGUUUUAUAAUUUCCCCCCUUCCCCUAAGUGCCUAGCUUUCUUAAUGGUAACAAUAAUGA